CAACAGGACUGUCUGUAACCGCCUUCAUCUUCUUCAUCCCCGUUUGCUGCUCUUAUGGAGAUAAAUCAUAAGUCCAAAACACACUGAGUUGGCGCUCCCGCACACGUCCGCUCGGGAAUGCGCGGCGCGAUCCCGCGGUGCUCGCGUUGAGCCUGAGAAGAGUCAAGGCGAAAGCGUCAAAACGCACCAGGACUUGAAGGGGAGCUUCCCGCUGGAGUAAAACAACAACAACAAAAAAAUUGAAAUAAAAUAAGAACAUUGCCUUAAUGGCGUGGGAAUCCAUUAGCGUGAGAGCAGAGAGAGGACAAUGAUCGCUUCGCAGGAAGGUUAUUCCCUAAAAACAUAAGCUUUGUGCAGAAUACAAGGAUAUUUGGAGUACACUGACGACAACUGCAAGUGAAGAUCCCGAGACGGUCAAACACAGUCCCGGCUUUUUUUUUAUUAUUAUUACUAUCUGUAUUAUUCUAAGAAAGACAUGGGGAGAUUUUCACCUCGGCAACACAGCACUGGCUGGAAGAUCUGACGAGCGCACUGGGAGGAGAGUGUGUGAGGACCUGCAUAUCUGUGGCUGUUUCUCAUCAUUUCUAAGCUGGUGGGCUUCUAUAUCACAGCUGAUGACUGUCCCUCCGGAGGCUGGAUUACAGGGGUUAGCAGCAAGCCUGAGUGUUUGCUGAAGGGCGUGCCCCAGCUUGUAUGUUGGUCACCUACCCUCGCUCUUGCUCACAAGGAUCAUGUGGCUUUGUCCAAGGAGAGAUCGUUUUCCCUUGCAGAACUGGCAUGGUGUCCACAGUUGCACCAAUUUCAGCGUGUCCUUUUGGGUUUUAAGCUUCUGCUGGUGCUUCGCGGCCCUGAGAGGUCAAAACUACCACCCCACUGUGAACACGCAGUACGGGAAGCUCCGUGGGGUGAGGGUGCCCCUACCGAGUGAGAUCCUGGGGCCCGUUGACCAGUAUCUGGGGGUCCCUUACGCGGCUCCACCCGUGGGAGAGAAGCGCUUCAUGCCCCCAGAGCCGCCUUCUUCCUGGUCGGGGGUCAAAAACGCCACCCACUUCGCCCCUGUCUGUCCCCAGAAUAUUCACAAUGCAGUGCCAGAGAUCAUGAUGCCAAUAUGGUUCACCUUUAACCUGGAUAUAGUUACCACAUACAUACAGGAUCAGCACGAAGACUGUCUUUACCUAAACAUCUAUGUUCCAACGGAGGAUGUCAAAAGAAUAUCCAAGGAAUGUGCGAGGAAACCCAACAAGAAAAUAUGUAGAAAAGGAGGGGCCCAUGCAAAAAAACAGGGCGAAGAUUUGUCGGAAAACGACGGUGACGAAGACGAAGACAUACGAGACACCGGCGCCAAGCCUGUGAUGGUCUACAUCCACGGAGGGUCCUACAUGGAGGGGACUGGCAACAUGAUUGAUGGGAGCGUCCUGGCCAGCUAUGGAAACGUCAUCGUUAUCACUCUCAACUAUCGGGUCGGCGUCCUCGGCUUCCUCAGCACGGGCGAUCAGGCUGCCAAAGGGAACUACGGGCUGCUGGACCAGAUUCAGGCUUUAAGGUGGAUCAGCGAGAACAUCGGCUUCUUCGGAGGAGAUUCCAACCGCAUUACCGUGUUUGGAUCUGGGAUCGGAGCUUCCUGCGUCAGUCUGCUCACCCUCUCCCAUCACUCUGAAGGUCUGUUCCACAGAGCUAUCAUUCAGAGUGGGUCAGCACUCUCCAGCUGGGCAGUGAACUACCAGCCGGUCAAGUACACCCGUCUCCUGGCAGAGAAGGUGGGCUGCAACGUCCUCGACACAUCAGACAUGGUGGACUGUCUACGAAAGAAGAGCUCCAGGGAGCUGGUGGAGCAGGACAUCCAACCUGCUAGGUACCACGUGGCCUUUGGACCUGUCAUUGAUGGGGAUGUUAUUCCAGAUGACCCUGAGAUUCUAAUGGAGCAGGGCGAGUUUCUCAACUAUGACAUCAUGCUGGGGGUGAAUCAGGGCGAAGGCCUGCGGUUUGUGGAGAACGUGGUGGAUUCAGAGGACGGUGUGUCUGGAAACGACUUUGACUUCUCUGUGUCGGAUUUUGUGGACAGCUUGUACGGAUACCCAGACGGAAAGGACACACUGAGGGAGACCAUUAAGUUCAUGUACACGGACUGGGCAGACAGAGACAAUCCGGAGACUAGGCGAAAAACACUGGUGGCUCUGUUCACCGACCACCAGUGGGUGGAGCCGUCAGUGGUGACUGCUGAUCUCCACGCUCGCUAUGGCUCACCCACCUACUUCUACGCCUUCUACCACCACUGCCAGAGUCUUAUGAAGCCUGCGUGGUCAGACGCGGCCCACGGGGAUGAAGUGCCGUAUGUCUUUGGAAUUCCUAUGAUUGGUCCCACCGACCUUUUUCCCUGUAACUUCUCCAAGAAUGAUGUCAUGCUCAGUGCUGUCGUGAUGACCUACUGGACCAACUUUGCCAAAACUGGAGACCCCAACAAACCAGUUCCCCAAGACACCAAGUUCAUCCACACCAAGGCUAACCGUUUCGAAGAGGUGGCCUGGUCCAAGUACAAUCCCCAGGACCAGCUCUAUCUGCAUAUCGGCCUGAAGCCGCGUGUGCGUGACCACUACCGGGCCACCAAAGUGGCCUUCUGGAAACACUUAGUGCCCCAUCUCUACAACCUCCACGAACUGUUCCACUACACCUCUACGACCACCAAAGUGCCACCCCCGGAGACCACACCGAAAAGCGUGUCCACCAAGAGGCCCAAUGGGAAAAACUGGCCCUUCAAUACCAAGCGCCCCCCCAUGUCGCCUGCCUACAAUAGCGAGGAUAAGGACUCUUGGAGCGAGGAAGAGGAGACGGGGCCUCUUGUGGUCGACAACCCGAGGGACUAUUCCACAGAGCUCAGCGUCACCAUUGCGGUGGGAGCCUCGCUGCUGUUCCUCAAUGUCCUGGCUUUCGCAGCCCUCUAUUACCGCAAGGACAAGCGACGGCAGGACUCCAGCCAUGGGCAGUCCAGCCCGCAGCGCCAGACCACCUCCAACGACAUUGGUCACCACGCGCCCGAGGAGGAGAUCAUGUCCUUGCAGAUGAACCAGACGCACCAUGAGUGCGAGGCGGGGAACAGCAACGAAGGGGCGCUGCGCCUGGCCUCGUUGCCCGACUACACGCUCACACUGCGCCGCUCCCCAGACGACAUCCCCCUCAUGACGCCCAACACCAUCACCAUGAUUCCCAACUCCCUGGUGGGCAUGCCCAACCUCCACCCAUACAACACCUUCACAACUGGCUUCAACUCCACCGGCCUGCCGCACUCCCACUCUACCACCCGCGUAUAGCUUUAAGGAGGCCAGGGGGGUUGGGGGGAGCGGCCAGCGCAGGCUGGAGAGAAGGAAGUGGUGGUGGGGUUGGCGGAGGAGGAGCAAGAGGAUGAAUGAAUUGAGGAGAGGAUUGUGUUUUAUAAAUAUCACAGGCAGGGGAAGAGCUGUGUGAGGGCAGGGGUGGGGAAGGGCAGGAGUGGGAUUAAAACGUGCAGAGAUUUAACCAGACUUUUACUAUGACGAGAGCAGCUGAGAGCUCUCUGUGGAUGUCAAGUUGUGCAGAGCUGCCAAAAUCAAACUGCUUUCCUUCUCCAGAAAGAGGAGGAGGUGGUCUUUCUGCAGUGUUUUUUUUUUUUUUUUUU